AUGGCUCCAGGCACAGAUGGGGAGAAGUCCAAGGAUUUAGAGAUAUCUCUCAUCGUUGCCAUGUCCAACCUCGCGCAUGAGUUUUGCGGCGUUUCCAGGGAUGAUCGCGUGGCCCUGUCGAAAUGGACUCGUCUGCUGUCGGAUGCCGCAAAGCGGUGUCGCUGGCAGACGGUUGGAAGCAUCCUGGAUGGACUCUAUGCGCAGGGACUGGAAGCAAACGUGAUAGUGUACAACGCUGCCAUCAACGCAGUUGGCAAAGGAAAGCAGUGGAAAUUUGGUCUUUGGCUUUUGUCUUCAAUGAGGCAGCAAGGGUGCUCACCAAACACCAUCAGUCGCAACGCCAUUCUCAGCGCCUGCGAGAAAACAGCGUGUUGGAAAACUGCACUGGGGGCCCUUUGGAAAGGAGAGAUACCAGGAUCGAGGGAUUUAAUUAGCUUCAACACUGCACUCAGCUCGUGUGUUCGUAGCAAUUGGGAAGAGGCGUUCGAAGUUUUUGCUGCCAUGACUCAAACGGAAGAGCCCAAACAGCCUGAUGCUUUCACCUGCAGUGGUUUAGUUCGCGCCUGUGAAAGCAACCAAAAAUGGAAGGUUGCUUUGGGCUUAUGCAUGCAAAUGAUCAACAGCAAAAUCCAGCUCAAUGUGGUGACCUAUUCUGCUGCUAUCAGUGCAUGCCAGAGUGCCUCCCAGUGGCAGCAAGCUCUUUUCUUUUUCGGCAGCAUGUGCUCUAUGGUAAUGUUGCCCAAUGUCAUCAGCUACAGCGCUAUCCUCAGUGCUUGCGAAAAGGGCAGCCAGUGGCAGAGGUCUCUGACGCUGUUGGCCCAAAUGGGGGAAGCCAAGAUCAUCCCAGAUAGCGUGGCCUGUGGUGCAGCACUGUCCGCAUGUGAAACAGGGCAGCAGUGGCAGUUGGCACUCCACUUGUUGUUUCAGAUGCCGGUCUCUGGUAUGAAACUUGACAGCGUUUGCUUCGCAUCCGCCAUUUCCACCUGCAGCAAGUCGGGGCGUUGGAAGGAUGUCUUGAGGUUAGUGGAGGCAAUGCUGCAGAUGGGCAUCAGCGACUUCAGCAUUGCCAGGUACCAGCAUUGUUCCCAAGCUGGCAGCACCCUGGACUGCUUCAAACACUCAGUUUUUCUGAUGCUGCUGCAGAAGCUCAUCUCAGACCCUUCCCCAGUGACUUGCAUCGACACUCACGCAGGGCCUUCGUUGUAUGAUCUUGGAGGUCCAGCUCAGAGGGGCAUCCUGCAAUUGAUAGCACCUCCAUGUCCACCAAGUUUGGGAGGUGACGUUUUGCAUGCAUACAUCCAUGCAGCCAUGGCUGGCACAGCUGGCACAGCUGGCACGCUCGCUGAUCCAUUGGUUGGGAAGUACCAAGGCUCUCCACUGCUGGCGCUUCAAUGGCUGCGGCCACAAGACCAGGCCAUCUUUUAUGAGAUGUCCAGGGAGGCGUUUCUGCAGUUGAAGGAGAAUGUGCAGCAGUCCUUUGCAACCGCAACCGCAACGGUGCAGCAGGGGAAUUCCUAUUGGCACUUGGCACAUCAGCAGUCUGAAAGUCGGAGCUUAAUCUUAAUGGAUCCACCAUAUGAUCCCUAUGAGACAUAUAUGGCCUGGAAUCUCUUCCUUUUGCAGCAUUUCUAUGAGAAGUGGCCUCAGAGUUGCGUCCUUCUGUGGUUUCCAUACCUGGAUGAUGAUCAAGUUGCUGGUCUCUACCAGCGGCUACGGCUGCUACAGCUUGACGAUGUGCUGGUGGCGGAGUUUGGGGUCCAAGAAACUGAAUCGUUGGAAACAUCAGGUUUGAUCUUCCUCCGUCCACCUGAGGGGACUGAAGUGCAGUUGCGAGAGCUGUUGAGGUCGUUGGAAUUCCGCAUCUCGCAGGGUUGUGAGAAGCCGGUGAUGAAUUCUGUUUUUUGGCUCAGCGGGCGAAAAAAGAUGCAAU